GUAGGAUUCGGAGUAAACAAUGGAUAAGUUUUUGCCUUUGUGCAAUAACAUGAACAAAUGAGCAGGGUGAGGCACAUGCCACAAGAGAGAAAUGCUUCAAAAAGCCCCAAAUGGACGAACCGAAAAAGGAGACAAAACUAUGCACUUUUUUACCCAUUUAUUUCUGGUGGCAUAUACCCAGAUCAGUCCGGAAAAUCAUCAAACUGGUCAUUUGGUUUGCAUGUUGACUCACGCAGUCCUGUAUGUCCGUAUUCCACUUUCAACAUGCACUAUGCAAGUUCCUUACACAAUUCUCCUGCUAUACAUGAGAAUUAUAUUGGUUCAUAGCAAUAUAUUGUUGCUACCAAGAUUGGUCAUCUUCUUUUCUAUUUGCCCCUUAAUCAAAUUCCAAGUUCAGCAUCCGCAAAAGAAGAGAGAAAAGCAAGUGUUUUAAUUUGGGAUAAUGAGAACAGAGGGGGUGAUACUGCUGACGAUGUUAUUGGGAAUGAUAAAGUGGGCGGCCAGUGGGCUUGAUAAGGUGGGCGGCAAAUAUGGCUGGACACAGAAUGUUAACUACACUGAUUGGGCGGUUCAUCGCCAUUUUUACGUGGGAGAUUGGCUUUAUUAUGUAUUUGACAAGCAUCUUUACAGCGUGCUGGAGGUGAACCAAACGAACUAUGAGCAGUGCAUUGAUCGCGAUUUUAUAACAAACAUUACAAGGGGUGGGCGAGAUGUUUAUCAGCUAACUCAGGCAAGACCUUAUUACUUUAUCAGCAGUGGAGGUUACUGCUUCCAUGGAAUGAAAUUAGCUAUAAAUGUUGAACAACAACCUUUGCCAACUUCUCCUGCACCUUCUUCUUUUUCAUCAGCCAAAAUUAAUGCUUCUCCGCCCCAGAUUGGCAAACAUUUUAUUACAGCAGCUGUUGUCUUUGUGGUUACUCUUGUUUGCUCGUGCUAGAUCGUCAUGACUCCGUUGUACCAGUGAUGUAUGCAAGAUUUUAUCCAAACACGUCAGUAUAUUGCCACAAUUCGACUUGUAAGUGUCUAGGACUAUGUAUGAUGGUUUAGGACUUUACUUCAUGUCUCAAAUUAAUAUUUA